CCUAAGGAACUUGAAUCUUGAGGGCUGAGGCGGAGACUGAAAGGAGCGGUUGGGUGAGGCGGAACCGCCGCUGCAACUGUUCGGGGGCUGCAACCGCUGCAUCAAAGGAUGAAGUGUUGGACACCGGUCAUCGUCGGACGGACAAACAACAAAUCGUCGACGUCCGGCGACUUAGCUUGGAAUCAACACAAUCAAAGAUCGAAGAGUCAGGGGAGGGGAGCAGGCUUGGGGGCUG